AUGAGGCUCUUCAAUGAUUACUUUCUAUUGUCGGCACUUUGCCUAAUCGUUUCCUAUACACCAUUGGUAACUGCUACUACGACAACCACCGCUGCAACCACAACCACUGCAAGUCCAGUCGGAGGUGUAUGGACAACUAUUCCAUCACCGCAGUCUGGGAAUUGUGGUGGGUAUGAUGUAGACACCAUGGUCAACGAUGCCAAAACCCUGGCCCAGAAUGCCAUCACAGCAAUCCAAAAGAUGAUUAACGGAGGACUAAAGAACACCGACAAGACACUUGUGGAAACUGCAUUUACUUCUUGGGGAGUGAACUAUCGACAAAUUAGUCUGCUGAACAAAAUAUGGAUCACUAGCGGCCAGGAUACCCUACAAACAGCUCUAAGCAACUAUCAAACUGUACUGAAUAUUCUUGACGGUUCUACUUCGACCCGAGCGAGGUUGAUGUGCACCGAUGCUGGAUGGACAUAUGCAACCAAAUUAGGAGACGUUGGCCAAAAACCCGCAGACGACCCCCUUCCGGGAAUCACCACUAAUCAGCCAGGAUUCAGCUGGAACCCAUACUUCUCUGUCCUGAUUCCCGACAUCGAGUAUGACAGUGCUGGUCAAUACGGCUCAAGCAUCUGCACUCCUUACAACGCAAAUGGCCAGCAACUCGCACGCCCGGACGGUAUUACAUGGUGGCAAGCAAAUCUUAUCAUGAUGUGUGCCGGCGCAUUCAACGGCGCAACACUCUCGGAUCGGAUUUCAGGUCAAUCCUCGCUUGCCGUAGGAACCACGCUUGAUUCCCAACAGAUUCCAGGAGGGGUUUUUCUACAUGAAAUGAUGCAUUUUAUUGGUCAAAACAUCAUCGACGUUGUCAUCACCAUGGACAAUGGUAGUAAAUUCAAAGCUUACGGGUUUGACGGCUCGCUUAUGAUGGCUGUCAACCCGGAUUAUGCUGGAAAAGCUGUAUCAAACGCCGACAAUUACCGGAAUUUCGCAAUGGCCGUGACUCUUAGUGAUGUUGAUUGGAGCUGUGUUCCGAUAUUGUUGAAUCUUGAUUCAUCUCUUGCAAGACUGUUUUUGACCAAGGACGGCGGUGCGCAUGUCUCGAUCACUUCUUUUCGCAUUCCUGCCAGCAUCUACGCGGCUGAUCCGGAGAUCAAAGAGAGGAUACAUGACGUAUUGCAAGCCCUAGCUCUCGGUGACCCACGGCAUGGAUCGCAUCAUAUUCCCCCUUCGGAAGAAGAUGUCCCUAUAGCUCGCGGAAUUGGUACCGCCACAAGCAACUGGGAUAGUGCCUGGGUUGAUUGUCUUCUUCCCAAAAAGGAGAAUAGUAAUACAACUGUCGAUAAGGAUUGGAUUGCAUGCAUACAGUGGGAAAGGCCGCAUCUGGAGGCAGAAUUCAAAGCUAGGCGCGAACGACAUUUCAACCUAAGGCUGCAAAGAAUAAACGGUGUUCGAGGCCUUGAUAAUCAGGACUCGUCUGCAGAUGCCAGUCUCGAAGAAGAGAAAGAUGCGGUGGCCGCGACUGCAGGUUUUUGGAGGCCCAUCACAGAAACAUGGGACGCUCAAAUUGAAGAGCAUCAUGUUGUCUUUUACGAAAUUAACAAGUACAGGAGUAUUGCCGGCCGGGAAGGUAGCUGGUCAUCCUGUAUAGUGCAGUAG